AUGAGCUCGUCCGACGAAGAAGAAGAGCGCCCGCGCAUGGGCAUGGGCUUCCGCGGCUUCCAACGCGCCGCCUCGAGAUCCGAAUCGCCUCCUGCGUCGUUUGGCUUGGGAAAUGGUCGCCGAACCCAGUCUACGACGCCUCGCGGCGGCGGCGGCGGUGGUGGAAACUCCAGCAAGCCCGCUGCAAAUUCCUUCGCCGCGCGCAUGAUGGCCAAAAUGGGUUACGUCGAGGGACAGGGUCUAGGUUCCAAGGGUGAGGGUAUCAUCAAACCCAUCGAGGCUCAGGCCCGACCGCAGGGUAUUGGUCUAGGAGCUGUCCGUGAGAAGACCAAGCAGGCGCGCGCGGAAGAAAAACGCGCCGCGGCGUUGAGGGGCGAAACCGUGGAGGAGGAUAGCUCCGAUGAAGAGCGACGACGACGCCAGCGAAAGAAGGAGGAACGGAAAAGAGAGAGUCGCAGUGGAACAGGGACACCGGUGGCUCGCGCGAAGCCCCAGUUCCGCACUGCGCGCGAAAUCGAGGCUGACAUGGAGGGGCUGGAAGUGCCGAAUGUGCUGAAAUCGUUGAUCGACGCGACGGGCAAGGAACAACGAGUGUUAACUUCGACGGCGGGUUUGAUGGCCCAGCAGGAGUUUGUCAACCAAGGCGAGGGGGAGGCGCUCAAAAUUGCCCGACGUGCGCGUCACGAUCUUGAGGCGUUUGCAGACGAGUGGAAAGGACUCACCGAGAGGAAGAAGUUCAUCGAUAUGGAAGAAGCCCAGAUUGUGGAACAACUGGAUACCACCCAGCUUCGCGCCGAGCAGCUGGCGGAGCUCGUGACGGCUGUCGCAAACCUCGAGAUCUUCCAGGACGACAGCGACAUUCGGGCCAAGGUCGACGAAGUCACCGACAAGCUCGAAUCCAUGGAGAUCAAAUAUCACAAUGACAUAGACGAGUACCGGCUAUCAGAGACUGCGGUUGCCGCCCUGCAUCCUCUGUUCCGACAGGCCAUGGAAGAAUGGGAGCCUCUUAAAGAACCGACUUUCCUCGUUUCAAACUUGCGUCGUCUGCAACCACUUUUAUCUCGGAAGAAGAAGGAUGACUAUGCCCCGCGUCAAUCGACAUCUCCCUACGAGACUAUGAUAUACUCCUUAUGGCUACCCCGUGUGCGAUCCGCCCUCCUCAACGACUGGGACAUGUUCGACCCGUCCCCGGCCACAUCACUGAUCGUCGCUUGGAAGGAUAUCAUACCCCAGUUUGUCUACACAAACGUGCUCGACCAGCUGGUGGUGCCCAAGCUCACUGAAGGAAUCAAGCAAUGGAAACCCCGAAGCAGCAGCAGACGUCAUGCUUCGUCACAACAGAACUCAUCCCGCUUCCCCUGGUGGUUGUUUACAUGGUUGCAAUAUCUGGAUGAACGCCACACCAAUCCGAAGCAGCCUACUGGUCUGAUGUCUGAUGCCAAAAGGAAGUUCCGUGUUGUUUUGGACAACUGGGAUCUCGACCGGGGUUUGAUCAGUGGGAUCGAGCUCUGGCGCGACGCUCUGGGAUCCGAGUUCGAUGUCUGUCUGCGCAACCAUCUUUUGCCACGGCUCGGUCGUCACUUGCGGGAAGACUUUGAAGUCAACCCCCAGGAUCAGGAUCUGUCUGCGCUUGAGGAUGUGCUGAAAUGGAAGGACUUCUUCAAACCUAAUGUCAUGGGGCUGCUUCUCGUCGCCGAAUUCUUCCCCAAAUGGCACAACAUCUUAUACAUCUGGCUCACGAACGACCCGAACUACGAAGAAGUUGGUGAAUGGUUUACUUGGUGGCGGUCUCAGAUUCCAGCCGGACUCAACGAGCUUACCAUUGUCGACGAUGAGUGGAACAAGGGCCUGCAAUCGAUGGACCUUGCGUCGCGUCUGGGCGACAAAGCCGCCACACAGUUACCUCCCCCACCUUCAACAAAAUCUGCCGCCGCGGCAGGUGCACAAGCCAUAUCGGAGGAGACGACCCUGCCUGCCGAACCGACACCCGCACCGCGCAAGCCGAAGAUCGUCGAAGAAGUCGCGUUCAAGGAUAUCCUCGAGUCUUGGUGCGUCGAACAAGGACUCAUCAUGCUCCCGCUCCGCGAGGCCCAUCCGCAGAACGGACAACCGCUCUUUCGGAUUACAGCCAGCGCUACAGGCAAGGGUGGUGUUGUUGCCUUUGUCCAAGGGGAUGUCGUCUGGGUACAGAACAAAAAGGCGAAGGACAUAUGGGAGCCGAUGGGUUUGGAAGAUCAGUUGGUAGAGCGUGCAGAGUCUCGAUGA